CUGUCCUCAUUUGCAGCUAAGCAGAUAGCUCCUGGUUCAGUUUCUGAAAAGGAUAUGGGGAAGGAAGGAAAUCAAUCCAAGUCAGUUCCUUCCGUGUCUGCUGUGCUCAGUGGUGUGUCGGAAACUAAACCGGCUGCCGAUUAUCCAACAGCUUUCGAUCAGGGUGUUUAUUAUCCGGCUACCAGCUGCUAUGAUUAUUACUAUCCGGGUUACAAUGGCGCGUUUGGUCAGCCAGAUGACAAAAGAUUUUUGAAUCCGUCAGGUGGUUCUUACACGGGCAUUCAGUCUGAUAGUAAUCCACUCCUUUAUUUCUACCCUGGCUUUGCCUCGUAUCAAACUGGAACUGAAUACCUUCCUCAGCUGGGAUCUUAUGGUUCGGAUGCAUUUCCAUGUUAUACUUAUGAUUCGACUUAUUCUGGUAAUGUUUCGAAUGGGUCAGCAGCUAAAUCUGGAUCUUUUAAGACAAUGAUGGGCCCCGGAGGCUCUGGGAAGUCGAAUGGCUAUAAUGUUGCAAAAACUUCAGCUUUGCCUGUCAAUUCGAAAUUUCAACAGUCUUCUAAUUUUUCGAAGUCUUUCUAUCAAAACCAGGCUCUGAAGUCGCUGAACAAGUUAGGUUCUGGCUUUCAGACCACCGGCCUCACAAAGGGAUAUCAACCAACUUCAAAAUUCUCCUCGUUUGCAAACCGAAACCCUGGUGCUUUCAUGCAGUACUGUCCUGUAAAUUACCAGUCAAACAGCAGAACAUGGAACAACAACUACAAAUACAAGUCACGUGAAACUUUUGGCAGGAACUCAGGUUUUGAGGCCUUAACAGAGUUAACACGUGGCCCGAGGUCCGAAGCCAAAAACAAUUCAUCCGAAUUUGGUGCUGAGGCUGAACGCGCUAUUGAAAACAAUGAGUACAACUUGCAAGAGUUUCAGAUAGAGUACAAUAAUGCAAAGUUCUUUGUGAUAAAGUCAUACAGCGAGGACGAUGUUCACAAAUGUAUGAAAUAUGAUGUUUGGUCUAGUACACCUAACGGAAACAAGAAAUUGGAUGCUGCUUUUCGUGAUGCAGAAGCUAAAACGAGCGAAACUGGAGUGAAGUGUCCUGUCUUUCUAUUUUUCUCGAAGGAUUUGGAGGACCAAACUGCAAAGACCACUCAAGCUGAUCAAACAUCUCUCGUGUCUCUCACGAAAAACCUCUCGAUUAGUCCUCAACCGUUCAAGAGUAGUAUAUGA